UAGGUUAAUGUUUGUGUAAGUUCAGUAGGUAUAGAGGUAUAUAAAAGCAGAUGCUGAUAUUUUGACUACGUUUCAAAUAUUACGCCAUUCUUACAGAGACAUAUAAAAAGGGGGAGUUUCUGGUGCGGGGAGAACGCCUCAAUUAUAUUCCCGGAAAUUAUUUCGUGUGGAAUCGAAUUUUACAUGAAAAAGACAGGAAGUGGCUAGAUCGCGUCCAAAAUUCUUAAAUUUACCACAUUUAAAGAUGCAUUUUAAAUGCAUUUUUCAAUUAUCACUUUUUUAAACGGUGAGAAAGUGAAUCUUAAAAUGGCAAAGACACUGCUGGAUGGAAAAAGAUGGCUGAAGGAGACCUCUGGGACGGAGCCAUUAAACCUGUCGAAACACAAUCAGCCGACCUCUGUAAAACAAACUCUUAAAUCGCUGAUUAAAUCACGGAGAAUUGCAGAAGGAAAAGAUGAGUUACAGGUUGAUUUCCAUGUGGAAAAGACGAAAUGCGAGUUGACUCCAGAGGAAAAAAAAAAGCAGAGGGAAAGGAAAGAACAAAAUCGUCGGGCAGCCAUGAGAUGUAGAGAGCGUAAAAAGGAAGAACUGAAACAUUUACAAAAAGAAGAAAAUUCAUUGAGGAUGCGCCGUGAGAAGCUGAUGGAAAAAGUUGAAAUUUUACUUGAAGAGAAGGAAAAACUCUUGCAUACCAUUCGCUCGACUGGAAAUGUUCCAUUUUCUUGUUCGUGUCCUAAUUCAGAGGGAGAUUGUAUUCACUGUUUAUCCAAAUCUGAUUCAAAUUUGCAGUCUGAAUCCUCCAGUAGUUCAAGAAGCACCCGUAAACCCAUAAUUUCAGUCGCAGACAGUUGUGAUAGCGAAACGGAUAGCUGUAAUGAUGAUGAGUCAGAUGAUGAAGAUGGAGACGAUGAAUCGGAUCGUCUCGUUAUUGAUACAAAGGGACAAAAUGAGGACACAGAGGUUCUGGAUUUGAGUUUUUCGAAAGAGAGACACGACGUUCAAAUGGAAGUGACCGAUUCUGACAGUCAACCGAGCAGCUCUCAGAACUACAGCUCCUUCGAGUACGAUGAACCAGUGGCUCCAAUUUCUACUUUUCCUGCAGCAGGUAAAAGUUCUGGUCAGUACAAUCCACAGGAUUACAUUAAACAAGAAGAAACAGAAAUGGAGGAGUCGGACUACGUUAUGAGUUCUCAAGAAAGCACUGUGUCUUUUUACAGUUCCCAAGAUAGCAUUGAUGGAAGUUUCAUAAAACAUGGUGGGCGAAUGGGUGUUUCAUGUGAUUAGACCUUAAAAAAAAAAAUUAAUUUCUUGGUUCUCAGGCCAACUUUUUCAAAAUUAGAUGCGGUUGAGUGAUGAUAUUUUUUACUUUAUAUUUAAUUAAAAAAGGAUGCGUUAUUUUUAUUUUAAAAGUGUGCAAUUCUAAUUUAAAUCCAGAAAAAGCGAUGUUUUAAAGCAAAUAAAUAGUUACCUUGCUAUUAAUAUAUCGGAUUUAUUAGCUCAAACUAAAUGAAAAAAAUAAGUCAUCAUGUUCUUCAAGAAACACCACAACAUUGAACUACGAGGCUUGAGAAAGCCAUGUGAUUAAGCAUAAUGGGAUGUUUAGUAUAGUACAAGCUGUAUGAACUCUCCUCUUAUAUGCAUUUGAGGUUAAACAACGUUCUUCAUAUAAGACUAAAAGACUUCAAAACUAAAACCAUUGCUGUCGUGAUCACAACUAAACACAGCGCAUCGUAACUAGAUUCAGCAGCCAUUUGUAAUUGUUAUAAUUAAAUCUGAAUCAUCGCAAUUUUUGCAGUUAUGUUCUUUAUUUAGUCAAGCAUUUACCGACUGGAGUAUCUAAAUUGUGGCAUUAAAUCCGGAAAUUUUUAUUCCGGAAUAAGCAAGCACACUAUUGAAAUUUUAUUUACCCAUUUAAAGAUAAAAAUUGGCAAUGCUUAUUGUUUAAUCAGAUUCGUGCAAGCCUGAGAACCAAGGAAUUAAUUUUUGAUGGAUUAAUUUUUUUCAGGAUAUUUUGACAUAUAGGGCCUCUUUUCACAUUAUAAAUCAUCUUCUUUAACUUAUACAUGCAGUAUGUUCCAAAAUUCAAUUGCAUAUUAUAUUUCAUUUUUUGAUUUGAUUUAUGUUUUUAAAUUAACUCCUCUUUACUUUGCAAUAAAGCCUUCUUAAUGACAAUUGUUUCAUCCUAGAGGUAAAUAAACUAUAAAUUAAUCAAUAAUUUUCAAUCAAAUUUUAUGCCAUUUAUAAACUUUAAGGUUAAAUUGAUGAUUGUAGUAAGAAUUUGGGGUGUACUGUUGAAUAAGCUCAUUGGCAGUCAUUAUGAACAUUUGUCUUAAUUAUCCAUUGCUACCUACCAUUUUCUGUUCAAAAUUUGUCAGCCAUCUGUGAUAAUAGCAUUAUUUUAGAAGCCACAAUUUGCGCACAAAAGCAGCUGUUCUGAUAUUUUAUUCAUUUUGUAUUUUCUUAUUAGAAAGAAAGACUGUAUAAAAGAGAGGAAAAUGUUGAGGCAAAAAUGUAGUAUAAAGGUGAUAAGAUAGCUGUAAUAUGAUAGCUUAACUUAAUGGAUGCGUAGAGUAGAUCAAGUACAGUAUGUUAUACAUGUAAUAUAGGACUGUUAAAAUAUGCAGAGAGUGAGCCUCGUAAUGUAUAUGAAUGUUUUGCUUUGCAUUUGAUAUGUUACUUGUUGUACAAAAAGGCAAGCAGCACUCUGUGUUUCAUUUACUAAGUAUAUAUGUACAUUUAUUAUUAAAACUGUUUGUGAUUCCUUCU